CACCCAGCGCCGCAGCGGCAGCAGCGGCGGGAGCAGCCCGGGUUUAGCGCAUCCCUCUCGCCCAUGCCAGGUGCCUGUCGCCGGCUGCGCGGGGAUUGAGGAGAGAUGGGGCCUCUGCGGGAGAGCAGCAAGGAGCAGAAGACGCAGCUGGAGAAGGAGGUGUCCCGCAGCCGCAUCCCCCGCCUGAUCCUCCGGCCGCAGCAGAAGGUAUCCCCCGCUUCCGAGUCGCCCUUUUCGGAAGAGGAGAGCCGGGAAUUCAAGCCGCCCGGUUCCUCCGGGGGCUCCGGCAGGACCGUCAGCAGUAACAGCUUCUGCUCAGAUGACACUGGCUGUCCUAGUAGCCAGUCAGUUUCUCCAGUUAAGACUCCUUCUGAUGCUGGAAACAGUCCAAUCAGUUUUUGCACUGGUAGCGAUGGAGACUUCUCCAGGAAGAAAUUCAGUCCAGGGACAAUGAGUGAAGGGAACCCACAGCUGGCUCGAUACAAGAAGGAGACAAAGACAAGCCUUGUAAAGCCAGGGAGUGAAGCUGAUUUUAGCUCUUCAAGCAGCACAGGCAGUAUUUCAGCACCUGAAGUCCAUAUGUCUGCUGCUGGAAGCAAAAGAUCUUCUUUUUCUCGCAAUCGUGGCCCUUAUGGUCGGAAUAAUGGAUCCUUAUCCUACAAGUCUGGAGCCAGCCCACCUGCUUCCCGUGAAAAGGACCCUUUGUCAACACUGUGCAAAAACCAGCUGAGCCCUGCUAACAUCCAUCAGAGUUACAGGGCUUCUUCAGCCAGCAGCAGCAACUCAGGCUCAUACAAAGGAAGCGACAGCAGCCCAGUGAUGAGGCGAUCAGGGAGAUACAAUUCCUGUGGUGACAAUCACAGCAUUAAGCCACAAAAUCCAGAGCAGUAUUUGACUCCUCUGCAGCAGAAAGAAGUUACAGUACGGCAUUUGAAAACAAAGCUGAAGGAAUCUGAGAGCAAGCUUAAAGAAAGGGAAACAGAAAUAGAAGAGCUCAAAGCUCAGCUGGGACGGAUGAGGGAAGACUGGAUUGAAGAAGAGUGUAAUCGUGUGGAGGCAGAGCUGGCCUUAAAGGAAGCAAGAAGUGAAAUUAAACAACUCAAGCAGGUUAUUGAAACCAUGAAAAACAGCUUGGCUGAGAAAGACAAAAAAAUUCAGAAAUACUUCAUAGACAUAAACAUUCAAAACAAGAAACUGGAAUCUUUGCUGCAGAGCAUGGAGAUGGCUCAGAAUGGCUCUGUGAGGGAUGAGCAGCGCCUAGAGUACACAUGUGAAUUGGAGAGGAAGCCGUUAGCGUUGUGUGCCACGAUGCCAGACAGCCCCAUCACAGAGGACCAAGCUCUGGAGGAGGUGGCAGAUAGUGGGCUUCUUAAUGAAGACAUAGCUAACAGGACUGAUUCAUCUGAACAGAGUUUGACCACCACAACCUCUGAGUUCAGUGAUCCAGCUCCCUCCAGUUCUGCUGUGAAUAAAGAGAUGGUUGAAAAUGCUCUGGAUGAAAAACUAACUUCUUCCCAGGAGGAAGAGAAAAGCAGCAACAUGAUGGUGGAACAGGCCGUCCAGACUGACAUAGUACCGUAUAGCCUAGAUGUGGAGCAGCUCAUUCAAAACAUCUUCAGAGCUCAAGAUGCCUGUCCUCUGAGCCCACCUUCAUCACUGAAGGAAUUGGGUGAAUUCUCUCUUGGAAGCUUCAGUGAUUCUGGUAUCAUAGUGGACUUAACUCCAAGUGAUCCAAACUCUGCCAUCCUUUUGUCUCCUAUGGAGUCUCCAUGCAGGAAGGUGGAGCACAGAGUUAAUGAAAACCGUUUCAUGAAAGAACUUGAUUUUACUGAACCUCAUGAUGAUGAAGCCUUUGGGUAUGUCAAUACUUUCCCUCAGGCAGGAAUAAAGAGGCGAUACUGGAGCAGCAGCAUCCUCAGAGAUGUUCUGGCUGUAGCAGCCCCUGUGGUACCAACUAUCAUGUGGGCUUUCAGUACUCAGAGAGGAGGAACAGAUCCCAUUUACAAUAUUGGAGCAUUGCUUCGUGGUUGCUGCCUGGUGGCCCUGCACUCUUUACGCCGUACACCCUUCAAUAUCAAAACCUAAAUUCCACUCUGUCCCUGGGCACCAAAUGGCUGAGCCAGAGAGAAAGAGGGAUAAGAUAGAUCAUAAGAAAUUACUGUAUAUUCUGGCAGAGUCCACCAUUUUGCUUUUGACUAUUUGAUUUGCACUAUGAAUUAGUUCAAAAACAUGUUCCUUGUUUCAGAAUGAAAAAGCUGAACCCUGUAGUUCCACAAGAUGUUUUUAACUGGUGUUUUUAACAGUACUGCUGCCUACAGAAACAGUCCUCCUGCUCCCAGGCACUGUGUCCCUCCCCUGCCUUUUUGGUGCACAGUGAACAUGCCCAGGGAAAUUAAGGAGUAUUACAGCUAGCGCUCUUUCGUAUUCAUUUGCUGAGUUGACUUUAAGCUCCGGGCCCUUUCCCUGGCUGGUUCACUGAGCUGUACAAGCUCUUUGCACUGGCUCAAGGGUAGUGCAAGAUGCACAUGGGAACAAAUGGCCAGAGAAAGGUGGGGUAUUUCUUUAGGCAGCACUAACCUAAGACAUUUGUGGAACUACAGUAUUAAGUGAGUGACAUAUGGAGACUUGUUCCCACUACGAGUAUCACAGACGAGCUCCAGAAAGCAUGCUAGCGCUUUCCAUUCGUCGUCCAAAGUGUCAAUUCAAUUUAGAGGUAAAACCCAUAUUCCCCAGGCAGCUUCCAGCACAUCGUUCAUGCCUGUCUCGUGUAGUGCUCUUCUCAAUCGUACAAUUGCUUGAGCAUUUCACUGGUCUUGUGCGUAUACGAGGACUGUAACCAAAAAUGUACGUUGUUGGGAGUCUUGAAACUUGUUACAAUGAUAAGUAUAGGCGUGGAUACACUUUGAACCUUAAUGUUGUUUUAAAGUCUUAACGUAUUGGAACCCGAAACUCUUUCAAACCCUUUGAAAUACAAUGCAUAAAUGUUUUGUGUUUUAACUUAUUGUUUAUUUAAUUGCUUUAUUGUAAAUUACCUUUAUAAUCACAAGUUCAGUAAAGCAUGUUAGAAAUGUCAAA